AUGACCACUCUGCUGUUGGGGAAGGUGGUGGAAGCUUUCUCUAUCACUCUUCUGAGUGACUCUGACACUCUCCUGCUGGCUCCUCAGGUCGUUGGAGCCAGUGUGACGUGGCAGCCGUAUCAGUACUACGCCGACGACUGUCUCGAGACCUUCGGCAUGUCUCCUAAACGAGUCUCUGACUUGGCACCGAGUAACCUGACCCGGGUCAUCUGUACGGAGCAGUACUCCGGCUGGGUCGGUGCCAAGGAGGAGAAGGUCGUGAUGUUCGAGGUACGCGCUCGGUUCGGGGUGUUCGCUGGUCCGAAGCUGAUCAACAUGGACGCCCUCUACACCCGGAUGGAGACCAUGAAGGGUCUGAGAGACUUCUUCACCUUCACCAACCUCCGUCUGCGACUGCUCCGCCCAGCGCUGGGCGGGACUUAUGUCCAGAGAGAUAACUUACUGAAGUACUUCUACGCCAUCUCCAACAUCGACAUACCUGCCAGAUGUAGGUGUAACCUCCACGCGUCUCAGUGUGUGUUACGUGACGCAACACUGCAGUGUGACUGCGACCACAACACGAGUGGACAGGAUUGUGAGCGCUGCCGUCAGGGCUUCAGGUCACGCACCUGGAGACCGGCGUCGUACCUGCCACUGCCCAAAGGCACCGCCAACACCUGUGAAGCAACAGAAACAUCAACCACGGCUGGUGACUCUAACUCAGCAGCAUCUGAUAGACCCUCUGCCUCAUCAGAUGGAGUGACUGACACUACGACCACUGAUAGAACCCUAACUAUUGACACAACUAUAACCAACACUAGUACCACUGAUGGCACUAACCCUACUGACAGUUUGACUGCUGCUGAUACUGUAACUGAUUACACCCCCUCUACUGACAGUACUGUUACUACUUCCACUACUGACCUCACUCCGCCUACAUCCAGUUCUACGACUGUCUUUAUGUACGAGUUGACUCCGGACACAUCAAGCCCUCCGACUGUCACAGAUACACCCAGUACUUCUACUACUACUACUGACACAUGGAGUACUACUACUCCCAGUGUCAGUACCAUCAUGACGGAUACUAGUUCUACAACUUACCCCCUCACUACAAGUGAUCCUGGUGACUUUCCAGGCAUAGACUCUACCACAGUGGUUGACGCUGGUACUACAGUUUUAAGUACCAUCAGUAGUUCUGUUAGUACUGCAGGUUCUGAUACUUUCCCAGACUUUAGCAGUUCAACAGAACCUGCAGUGGAUGGAGCUCCACCCAGCAGUCCAGCUCUGGAUUCUGGAGACGAACCAGCUCCCACAGUACCCGACACCACCACUCCCAGUACUACUGUUAGCACCACCAGUCCCACCAGUUACUCCACCACCAACAGCCCCACUGACCCCGGUCGCAGUACUGAUUCUGAGGUGUCUAUUUCCGACCCAGUGACUUUGCCCUUUGACUCCACCUCUUCACCAAACAUCACAGACUUCACCCUCUCUGGGACUGGUACUACCAGCCUGAUCACCAGUACUACCCUACCCGCUGAUGGGACUACAAAGUCAACCGGAGCACCAACAACAACCAUCCAAGAAAUAACCCCAGCCAGUGAUGGGGCUUCACCUGGGGAAACUCCACCCAGUCAGGCUGGAGAUGUUCCAUCAGCAGCAGGAACUGACACAACUUCUCCUAAUGUUCCUCCAGACACUUCAAUCAAUGUACCACCUCCCGAUGGAGCCUUUCCAGAUGUACCUCUUCCUGAUGCACCUCCAGUGCCACCUCCUGGUGUACUGCCACCUGAUGAAGCUCCUGAUGUACCUCCUUCAGAGGCACCCUCCUCUAGGACUCCAGACAUUCUGAUAGAUACGCCUCCUCCUGAUGUACCUUCCCUUGAUGUACCUCCUCCUGAUGUACCUCCUCUUGACAUAUCUUCUCCUGAUGUACCUCCUCCUGAAGUACCUCCACGUGAUGUACCUCCUCCAGAGGAACCUCCACCUGAUGUACCUCCUCCAGAGGAACCUCCUCCUGAUGUAUCUCCUGAUGUACCUUCCCCUGAUGUACCUCCUCCAGACGUAUCUCCGCCUGAUGUACCUCCUCGAGAAGUACCCCCUCCUGAUGUAUCACCACCUGAAGUACCUUCCCCAGAGGUUUUGCCUCCUGUAGUACCUGCUCCAGAGGCAUUGCCUCCUGAUGUACCUCCUCCUGAAGCACCUCUUCCUGAAGUACCUUCCCCAAAGGUUUUGCCUCUUGAUGUACCUCCUCCUGAAGUGCCCGCUCCAGAGGUAUCUUCUCCUGAUGUACCUCCUCCUGAUGCUCCUGAAGAGUCCUUGUUGCCUUCUUCUGAAGGAGGAAGUGAUGCUGCUCCAGACAAAAUCGUCACCACCUCAGAUCGAUCUGACCCUAGUGGUGAUUUGGCCCCUGUCGACUUCACCUUCCCUUUUCCAGAUGAUCCAGAUUCAGCUGACCCUGGACCAGUUUCUGAACCAGAUUCUGGACCAGUGCCUGUUGGUGAUCCUGGGAAAACUCCAGAUGAUUCCCGUGGAUUGGAGGAUGUUCCUGGAUCAAAUAAAAUAGAUUCUGGACUGGAUUCUAUCUCAACAGGGUCAGAUACAGACUCAACCGGACCAGAUUUCCUUGGUCCUGGUCCAGAGUCUAGACCAGAGUCUCCUCAGGCAGUAGACAAACCAGGAGUAGAUUCUUCUGCAGGUCAGAUGGAAGUGAAGUCUUCUGGGGAGGAUUCAGCUGCUGGUGGACCAGAAGGAGGGUCAGAGGAAAACAAAGAGUCUAAACCAGAGACGACAGAAGGGCAAAGAGAGGAGAAAGUCACUGAGGCCACAGAGGAAUCAAGAGAGGACACAAGAAAGGAAGCAAAAGAGGAAACUCAAGAGGAAACUAAAAAGGAAGCAAGAGAGGAAAGGAAAGAGGAAACUAAAAAGGAAACAAAAGAGGAAAGUAAAGAGGAAAGGAAAGAAGGAAAGAAGGACAAAGAUGAAAAAGGCUACGAGAAAAAAGCGACCCAGAAGAUUCUGAUCCCAGGAGGACCAAAGUUCAGUCAGCUCUCCAAAAUCGCCUACAUCUCCUUUCAGGACUGCGAGUGUAACGGUCACUCCAACCGCUGCAGCUACAUCGACUUCAUCAAUGUGGUCACAUGUGUGAGCUGCAAACACAACACGCGAGGACAGAACUGUCAGUUUUGUCGCCUCGGUUACUACAGGAACUCCUCGCUGCCACUCGACCAUGAGAACAUCUGUGUGGAGUGCAGCUGUGACACUGAGGGCAGUGCGUCUCCUCACUGCAGUGAUUCUGGUCUCUGUCAGUGUAAAGUCGGAGCCUCAGGGAGGCGCUGUGACUCCUGUCUGCCUGGAUACACCUGGAGAGGGGGCGGAGUCAGCUGCACAGAGAAUGUCUGUGAUGACGAGCGUCUGAUCUGUCAGAAUGGAGGAACCUGCGUCGACUUCCAGCGCUGCGAUUGCCCCGACGCCUUCACAGGUACGUUUUGUGAGAGGAGGGUCUGUCUGAAGAAGGGCGGCUGCCUUGAGAACACCGAGGGCUCCGCCGCCUCUGUGACCUCACACCUUUUCCUGCUCACGCUUGGUCUCAUCUCCUCCACCGUCUGUUGACCCCGCCCACUGGUGACAUCACAGAGGGAGGGAUGUUAAAGAAAAAGACUUCUACUGAAGCUGUUAGAAUAGGAAGUGAUAUCACACUUUUUUCUCUGCAGACAGGAACUGUGAUGGGCUGCAGGAGAAAGUGACAUCAAGAGAAGAAGACAUAUUGAUGAUGUGGACACAUUUCUCAGGACUUCCUGUUUAGAUGUUUAAUGACACCGAUGAUGUCACAAAGCCACCUCCUCUUCGUCAGGUGUAGAUAAUAACAGUCUCUGAUUGGUCGCCGUGCUGCCACAAACACUUCCUGUCAGACACAGCUGAGGGACGGACAAAUAAUAAUCUCCUCUCUGACUGGAUGUACUGACUGCCUCACCUCAGCGCUGUGCUAUGAUUGGUCCUCAGUGGCUGACAGACAGUUGCCGUGGAGACGGACCGACUGUGUUGUAGUUUUGGACUUUGUGUUUUUACAGUUUGUGUUUGUUGUGACACACACACACACACACACACACACACACACACACACACACACACACACACACACACACAGAUGAAGACUCUGUUGAGAUGAAACAGCUCUACCUGCUGAUGAACUGAAGAAACACAGCCAGACAUUUGAUCUUCUUGAUUGUAUUGAUUGAUGACUGGAAACACUCUGUGACUCAGUAGCAGUGAAAACAGGGGGAAGAGUUCCUGACAUCAUCAUCAUCAUCAUCAUCAUCAUCAUCAGACUAACAGUGUGAUGUCAUCAGUUUGUGACAAGUAGAAUAAUCAAUCAAUAUUUACUGACUCAGGUUAUUGAUUAUUGUUUUAUAUGUUUUCAAUGUUGUAAUUAAACAACGUCCCAA